CUUCGACCACCACACGACAUCACAUCCAGUCAAGAUGCCUAUUUCCAAGAAGGACCGUAUCCACCGCGAGCACAAGAAGGCCGAGGCCGCCGGCACUCGCAUCCCCGUCAACCCCAACGGCACCCCCAAGAAGGUCCCCAAGGCCACCUCCAUCUGUGUCUUUUGCAAAAAGGAGCUGACCAGCUCAAACCUCGCUAUCCUCGAGCAGCACGCCGGUACUCACCCCGAUGCCUGGACCAAGGAAAAGUGCUGGCCCAACGAGUUCAAGUAAACGCUUCACUUCACCUCAUCGACAUGACACAACCGCAUCGCUCUCCCGAAUAAGCGCCUACCACAAACGACCCAUCUCGGAGGCCUGGGAUUGAACAGCAGAGAAAGAGCAACGGACAAACCACCAGGGGACCGCGCGUCAGCAGCAACGGACAUGCACUCUCCUUGACGGCGGCAUUUGGACCGACUUUUGGCAUUUUCCUUCUUGGAACGAGGCGGCAGAAGGAGCACUGCGCCUCAAAAUAAACACAUUUUGAUGAUACCCAACCAAUACAAGAAAUUUUCCUC